AUGUUUAGAUUAUUUGAUUCCAGUUAUCAAUAAAUGAAUCCAAUCUUAGAAGAAGGUGAUAAUAUUCUCUGGCUUGGUGAUUUUACUGCAGCCUUAGAUAGGACAUUGCUUGAUUCAAAAGGUAUUAAAACAGUGUUAACUGUUGCAACUGGCUUAGAUGUAGCUUACGGAGAGCCUGGGAUAAAUCAUAAGGUAGUAAAUCUAAAUACAGAAAGGUAUAUCAUAUCCUAGAUUCAGAAACUGCAAAUAUUGGUAGAUUAUUUUAAGACACUAUCACUUAAAUAAUUGAAGGUUUAAAAAGAGGAUCGGUUUUGGUGCAUUGUGCUGCAGGUGUCUCCAGGUCUGCUUCAGUAGUGAUAGCGUAUUUAAUGAAAACAAAAGGAUUAGGCUUUUAAGAAGCUUUUAAUUUCGUAAGAAAGAAGAGAAGCGUUAUAUAACCUAAUUAUGGGUUUAUUAAAUAAUUAAGAAACUAUUAAAAGGAAAUAAGGAUAGGAAAAAAGGAACCUCUUUAAUUAAAAAUAAGUGAGAAUCCACAGGUUGCAAACGGCUGGUAAAUGACAAAGACUUAAGAUAAAAAAGUAUCUGAUCUUAACAUCGUUGGUCAAUAGGCUGUUAAACAACGAUAGUCAGGUUUAUUAACUUAACCAAAGAUCACAAGUUCAAAUUCAACAAGAGCUAAUUCCACUUUAAAUUCAAAAAAAUAGUUUGAACUACAGAAAACUUACCAAGGACCAUAAAUUAUAACCUAUGCAAAAAAUAAUAAAUUAGUUGUCAAAAAUAAUUUUGCAAUACCUGAGAUAAAAUAAAAGAGUUACAAGUGA